UCCCAGGGAUGCAAGAUUCGACUUGAAAUGCACUCCUCUCCUUUGCCGACACUCUGACCCUGCGUGCUUUCUCACCAGUGUGCGUUAACCCAUUUGUAGGCUGGCAUUGGUUUGCCUGGAAAACAAAAGAUUAUUAAAGCUGCCAUGCUGCUGCUGUUAGACCUUGUCAUAGUGCCCCUCAUCUUUUGCCUUAGCAACUCAGCAGUUGCUGGGUUCAGUUUGAUUGCUGAAAACGAAGAUGCCCUGUUGAGACACUUACUUCACGGGUACCAGAAAUGGGUCCGACCUGUAGAAAACUCCAACGAUACCAUCAAAGUCCGUUUUGGCUUAAAGAUCUCUCAGCUCGUGGACGUGGAUGAAAAGAAUCAGCUGAUGACAACCAACGUCUGGCUGAAACAGGAAUGGACUGACCACAAGCUGUGCUGGAAUCCCGAGGAUUACGGUGGGAUCACGGCCAUCCGGGUUCCCUCGGAGUCGCUGUGGCUGCCAGACAUCGUGCUGUUUGAGAAUGCCGACGGACGUUUUGAAGGCUCCCUGAUGACCAAAGUCAUUGUGAAAUACAACGGGCUGGUCACGUGGACCCCGCCAGCCAGUUACAAGAGUUCCUGCACUAUGGACGUGACCUAUUUCCCAUUCGAUAGACAGAAUUGCUCCAUGAAAUUUGGAUCCUGGACCUACGAUGGCAGCAUGGUGGACUUGAUUUUAGUAGAUGAAAACGUGGACAGGAAAGACUUCUUUGAUAACGGAGAGUGGGAAAUCCUAAAUGCCAAAGGUAUGAAAGGCAGCCGAAGGGAUGGGUUGCAUUCUUACCCAUUUGUUACUUAUUCCUUCGUUCUAAGACGCCUCCCGCUGUUUUAUACGCUUUUCCUAAUAAUCCCCUGCCUUGGAUUAUCUUUUCUAACGGUGCUGGUCUUCUAUUUGCCUUCAGACGAAGGGGAAAAACUUUCCUUAUCUACAUCCGUUCUAGUCUCCCUUACUGUUUUUCUUCUCGUCAUUGAAGAGAUAAUACCGUCUUCCUCCAAAGUCAUUCCUCUAAUUGGAGAAUAUUUGUUGUUUAUUAUGAUUUUUGUCACCCUAUCAAUUAUUGUUACUGUUUUCGUUAUUAACGUCCACCACCGGUCCUCGGCCACCUACCAUCCAAUGGCUCCCUGGGUUAAAAGACUGUUCCUUCAAAAGCUUCCCCGGCUAUUAUGCAUGAAGGGUCACGUGGACCGCUAUUCCUUCUCGGAGACUGGCGGAACUCUCCCUGUGUUGAAAUCAAAGCUCUCAGGCAAAAAGAAACAGAAACGAGGGAAGGAAGGAGAAAAAAUUGUGAUUGCUUUUUUGGAGAAAGCUGCGGAUUCCAUUCGAUACAUCUCCGGGCAUGUAAAAAAGGAGCAUUUCAUCAGACAGGUAGUUCAAGAUUGGAAAUUUGUAGCUCAAGUCCUCGAUCGGAUCUUCCUGUGGUUAUUUUUGGUGGUGUCAGUGAUGGGGUCUGUUCUAAUAUUUACCCCCGCUUUACAGGCGUGGUUAAGCAGCAGUGUAUAGGAAUAUAUCCAUGUGUUAAUGUGGCUAAUAGCUGAAAGAUACAGUUGACCCUUGACACUGAUGGGUGUUUUAACUUUCUGUGAGUUCGAGGCUGACCAAACCGAGGGGAGAUGGAAAUGAAAAUGCUUCUGGCUGCAGUAAAUGGUAUUUUUAAUUACAGUACGAUGCUUUUCACUUGAAUAGUGCUUUAUAUCUGCAAUUGUGUAACCCUUAGCUUGCUGGUAUUUACUCACCCAUUGAAAUGAAUGAUGCUACAUGGGGUAGAGGUGUUUGAAUGUGAGCACAACUGGGCCCUAUUUAAUCAACCCUAUUAAGGCUGAUUAUAUUGCAAUAUGAUCAUUUUAAAAAGGCUGACUAUUUGGAUCAAUGAGAAUGUUUCUUUUUGAUCCAAAUAUUCUCAUAACAAGUGGGAUCCCCAUGUAUUAAAUAUGCUACAUUCAAAGAAAAAAAUAAAUAAUCUAGGAAUACACAGAGCACUGAUGCGCUAAGUUUUUGUCAGGCCACCUUGGUCUCUCUAAAUGUUAUAAGCAUCGCUGUUAUGUAACUUAUGUAUAGAGAGGUAUAUAACUGGCUACUGGGCAUCCCUGCGAUAAGUCUCCCCAGAAUACAUCCGUUUCGCACUAAAGUCGUUG